AUGGCAACACUUAGAAACGACGCAAAACCCACUAUAGAAGACGCUGUCAUCAAGAACGUCGACAUGGACGAAACCACCAAGGCCUUUGCACUCAAAGUCGCCUUUGAUGCAAUCACCAAGUUCGAGGUUGAGAAGGACAUUGCAGGACACAUCAAGAAGGAGUUCGACAAGACCUACGAGCCAACAUGGCACUGCAUUGUCGGAAAGAACUUCGGUUCCUUCGUCACUCACGAGAAGCACUGCUUCAUUUACUUUUACCUAGGCAAAAUGGCCUUUCUUAUCUUCAAAAACGGUUAA